AUGGUUCACUGCUAUUAUGGAAGAUGCCAUCGCCCCUCGGAUCCUCUACCGUACUCGGUUCUGUUGUUCUUGGCUCUGGCAUUGAUGCUUCUUGCCUUGUCCUUUUUAAUCAAAUUUGAGAUCGAUAUGGAAAGCACCGAGGCCUCUCCUGCUCCCGCUGAAGAAAGCACUGAAGCCAUUUCAACUGCAGAGAACAGUGGUGAAUAUGCUCCAGCUGCAGCAGUGAACUCCGAUGAUGCCGAAGAAACACCAAAGAUUAAGCUUGAGACUGCCCCGACAGAUUUUCGCUUUCCAACUACAAACCAAACAAGGGAGUGCUUCGCACGCUAUAUCGAGUACCAUCGUUGUGUUGCGGCAAAAGGAGAAUAUGCUUUAGAGUGUGAUAAGUUUGCCAAGUUCUAUCGUGCCCUAUGUCCCGGUGAAUGGGGGCAAGACGAGAAAAAAGUUACUGACCCAGAGCGUCUUUUUGAAGACCACGAGAACAAGAUGACGAAACCCUAG